AUGCAAGACAUCAAUAAUUAUAGUGUAGACUAUAUUAGUAUUAUACAAGACGUUAAAAAGAUGCUAUUCUGUUUUCGCUUAGAAGAAGAGAGUAUUAUACAAAACAUCAAAAUGAGCGUUAUCCUCGCUUCCAUCUGGGAAAAAGAGUUAUGUACAAAACACCCAAAGGAUAAUACUAUUCUCGCUUCUAUUUGGAAGAAGAGGACUUUUUCAAAGACUACCAUUUUAUCUACUUCUUUUAUUCCACGUGACCAUUGGUUAUAUGCUUCUACUGAGCUUUUUGGAAGUAGCUCCAACUGA